GCCUGGAGUAUAGCUUUGGGUAUAUAUAUUCCUCUCAGCAGCGUAUUCGGAAAACCGAUCAAUCAAUCCUGCAUUACAACACGGCUCAUCAUCGAUUGAUACAGCCAACUUUUGGCUGCCAUCUGAAAUUUCAUCAUACAUAUAUAUAUUUCGGUAUUGCUUUAAAAAGCCAGUUUCUCUUUGCUUUUCCAAGUCGACGAAACAAUGGCAACCACCAAGACUAUCGUCGUAGUCGGCGCCACGGGAAAUCAAGGAUCCUCUGUUGCCCACACCUUUUUGGGCCUGCCCAAUUGGCAAGUACGAUGUAUCACACGCAACCCGUCAUCUGCCGCCGCCCAAGAGCUAGCAGCGCUCGGUGCCGAUGUUGUUCAAGCCGAUUUGUCGGAUAUAAACUCCCUCCGAAUCCCAUUCAGUGGUGUUCAUGCCAUCUUCCUCAACACUGAUUUUUGGGGUCCGUACGUCGCCUCGCCCGAUGGACAAAAGAGACCUCCCGAUAGCGACAAAGCUUUCAAUAUCGAGGUAGAUCACGGUCGAAAUGCAGCCAUUGUUGCUGCUGCUGUUCCAACUCUCGAGCGUUUCGUGUAUUCCGCCCUUGGGCCGAUGAAGAAACACUCCAAGGGUAAAUACUCUCAUUCUUACCACUGGGAUUCCAAAGCUACGAUUGUCGAAUAUAUUCAGACGGAGCAGCCGGAGCUUGCGAAGAAGACUUCUUAUAUUUAUAUUGGCGCUUUCACGAGUAAUCCGUUGGUCAAGCCUCGCAAGUUGGACUCAAACACCGGACGGUAUCAGUUCAUAAUCCCAAUGAAGAAGGAGCAGAUUAUGCCGAUAAUCAAUCCCCGUGAAUCUACUGGACCGUUUGUACAAGCAUUGAUUGAGACUGAGGACCCAGGCGUCAAGCUGCUCGCGUAUGAUAGUCUUCCCACUUUGGGUGAGAUUGUUGACCUGUGGUCCAAAGCCUCAGGGAAGCCGGCCGACUACGUUGAAGUGACAGCCGAGCAUAUGAACCGCGAGUUUGGAAUUCCAAUGGAGGUACUCGACGCAACGGGGUAUUUGCCUGAAUUUGGGUAUAUGGGGGGAGUAGAUGGCUUCAUAGAGCCUGAUCAGUUAAAGGUCAGGCCGAGGACCAAGCCAUUUGUGGAAUGGCUGAAUGAGCAGGACUGGGAGAAUAUUUUAUUAAACUAAACACUACCAAUCAAGGGAACUGUUGGAGAAGUAUAA